UUGCUAACUGGUUGUAUUUAUUCACGUGCCGCGUUCAACGAAUCAGCAAGUCGGACAUUUCCGAGUUUCCUAGUUCCGASUAGCUAGCACAACCACGUCCACACGUCAGAGAGCGAUGUCAAAAUAGAGGGAAAUAAAGAAAAUAAUUUGGGGGGACAAAAGAGAGAGGAACUAUGAAGCGCUGAGAUUGCAGCGAUUUUUUUCCACCAACUUCUGGAUUUGAGUUUUUGAACAGAUUUGUAAGAUUAUAUAUAUAUAUUUUUACAUGUAUUUAUGAUUUUUGCUACCACAAAGGAUUUGUUGUGUAGAGUUUGAAGUGUGGCAAGAAAGUAUCCAUGAGGGCAGAUUAGUGGCAUAUUAUUUUGGUUUUUAAAGAUCAUCACGACGGAUUAUAAUUAAUAACGUGGAAAACCAAUAGAAGCAAUCCCAUUGUGAGGUUGUCUAUCCUCUUUUUUUUGGUAACUCGCACAUAUAGAGGAAUGUUACCCCGGCUUGAGAAGGUGAUCCAGCUCCUGACGCUGACGUGCGGACUGUUCUUUGGAGUUGUUUCAACGGAAAACGAAGUAAAGGCAGAGGUAUGGCUUCAGCAGUAUGGCUACCUGCCUCCAGGGGARGUCCGAGCCCAGGCUAUCCGCUCCCCCAAGUCCAUCAAUACGGCCAUCACAGCCAUGCAGAAGUUCUACGGCCUCACCGUCACCGGAUCUAUGGACACCAACACCCUACAGGCGAUGAAGCGGCCGCGUUGUGGCGUACCAGACAAGUUUGGAUCUGAGCUGAAGAGCAACCUGAGGAGGAAGAGAUACGCCGUACAGGGGCUGAAGUGGGACAAACAAGAAGUCACUUUCAGCAUACAGAACUACACCCCUAAGAUUGGGGAACACGCCACYUACGAGGCUAUCCGCCGGGCGUUUAAGGUGUGGGAGGCAGCCAUCCCUCUCCGCUUCCGAGAGAUCCCUUACAGCCACAUCKGGGACAAGGUCGACAAGUACGCUGACAUCAUGCUCUCGUUCUCCGAGGGUUUCCACGGCGACAGCACGCCGUUCGAUGGCGAGGGCGGCUUCCUGGCCCACGCGUACUUCCCCGGGAACGGGAUAGGGGGCGACACGCACUUUGACAAUGCCGAGCCCUGGACUACCGGCUACGUCGACCAAGGGGGUAAUGAUGUGUUCCUGGUUGCGGUCCAUGAGUUGGGUCAUGCCCUGGGUCUAGAACACGCCAACGACCCGUCUGCCAUCAUGGCUCCAUUCUACCAGUGGAUGGACACAGAGAACUUCCAGCUGCCUGAUGACGAUCGCCGAGGCAUCCAGGCAAUCUAUGGGUCGUCCGGAGCUCCCCCUCCUCCCCCCCGCCCCACCAGACCCUCCACACCAGACCACCCCGGACACGGACCAGAUGUCUGCGAGGGACACUUCGACACCAUCGCCAUCCUCAGGGGGGAGAUGUUUGUCUUUAAGGAUAAGUGGUGUGGCGUGUCGGACAACAAGGUGCUCCAGGGUUACCCCAUGCUCGGUCACUUCUGGAAGGGACUGCCACCAAACAUCAACGCUGCCUACGAGAGGAACGAUGGCAAAUUUGUAUUUUUCAAGGGUGACAAGUACUGGGUGUUCACAGAGUCCAGUAUGGAGCAGGGUUACCCAAAGACUCUGAAGGAGCUGGGCACAGGGCUGCCAAAGAAGGACGCUGCUCUCUUCUACACCACCGGACAGACAUACUACUUCAGAGGGACCAAGUAUUACCGUUUCAAUGAAGAGUCCCAGACUGUGGACAGAGACUACCCCAAACCCAUCAACACAUGGCAGGGUGUCCCCGACAACAUUAAGGCUGCCAUCAUGAGCGAAGAAGGAUCCUACACCUUCUACAAAGCCAACAAGUACUGGAAGUUCAACAACCAGCACAUGAGGGUGGAGUCGGGCUACCCCAAAUGGCUCAGCGAAUGGAUGGGCUGCGCGGGGAGGAGCCUAAGAAGCGGGACGGCGAGAGGAGGAGUGAUCAUCAUCGAGGUGGAGGAGGGAGAAGGCGGGCCACGCGGCGGCGUGGUGAUCCUCUCCCCUAUUUUGGUCUGCGUGGUCCUCACUCUGGGAGCCCUGCUGUUCUUCAGGAAGUACGGGACGCCACGACGUCUCCUCUACUGCCAGAGAUCUCUACUGGACAAGGUCUAGAGACGAACUGAACCGAAUGAAGAAGGCAGAGGGACAGAAAGAGAGAGAGCGACUGAAUGAAUUGAAAGAUUGGAAGAAAAAGGGGUUUGGGAGGGUGAGGGUGAGUAAAGUAGGCUGAAAGGAGUUGGGGUUUUAAAAGAGAAGGGGUAAUGGAAGGGCUGUUGGACAUGGGGUUUGGUUGGUUGGUUGGUUGGUUGGUUGGUUGGUUGGUUUGUAUACGGCCCAGAAGUCGAGAAAGAGGGAGAGGGACAGGGAGGAGGGAGGAAAGAGAGUCAAUCAGGAAAGACAAAUAUAUGUUAUCUAUUUACAUGUACAGCUCUGCGAGUUUGAAAUUAGAAACAGGCCCCUGCACAAAACACAGAGGAAGGGAAUUAUUAGAUGAUGAUCGUGAUCAACGUUCCGUGUGGUCGACACCCCAUCUGCAAUAAAUCUACUAUCACGUCUCCAUGUGUCCCUCCCUCCAUUCUAUCCGUUCUCCUUCUUCCUCUCCUAAAAUCUCCAUCCCACCUAGUUGACGAUUCCAGCUGAACUGCUGCCUGAAUUACAUUUUAAACCUUUUAUACAGCUACUUUGCGUAUUUCAUUURUUGGUUUCGCUCUAAUGAUGAAAUCCAGGGCCGAACACAAACGAACAGCUCUCUCUUCCUUUUCUCCUACCACUGAGAGAAGAUACUAACCCCAGUCUCUCAUUGUGCUCAAGCUAGCAGCAUGGUCUUAUAGUUGUGGUCGUAUUGCGAGGAGCAUGCUAUGGGCACUACCCUCGCCGCUAAUGAGAUGAUAAAGGGGUAGAUGUGAAGGUGUUGUAUAUUGUACACCCCUCAUAGUGAGAAAGGCUAAGGUCUUGUCAUAGAGGGUCAAAGACUGUUUGUAUCCUAAAAAAAAGGAGCUUCCCCGCCCAGUUUACAAAUGUAUCUGAAAUCYCACAGGCCCUUGGUACAGAGCCUGGUCUCAGUAAGCAGUCAAAGUUGGAUGGAAUUAAAGUAGCCAUUUUGGCUCAACAAUAAAGCCAGUGGCUCAACAAUAAAGUCAGUUUCAAUAUUACUCCAUGGAAAGGCAGUGAAGUUUCAUUACGUCACCCAUUCCAAAUACUAAUGUAUUAUCGUGUUUGUUAUGUUUUUGUUACUAUCAUUGUUAUAAAUGUUGUUGUUAUUAUUAUGACUAUGGUUAUUAUUAUUGUUGUUGUUGUUCUCCAGGUGUAGUCGUARAGUAAAUGGUGUUUGUUGUUUUUGUACAUUGUCAUUUCGAGUCCUGCUGGACAGAGACAAUAACGUGACAAAGAUCAAUCAAAAUGGCUCCCAAAUUUCACAUUUGAGUGGUGGACUUGGGCGACUUUGAAAGUGUUUCCUUUUUUGAAACACUACUUUUCCCAUUGCUUGGUUGGCAUAUAAGAACAAUCACACAAAACUAUUUAUAAGCAAUUCUGAUGAUGCUUAAUMUUUUUAAGUAUUACACAAAUUGAAAAAGGAGGUAGAAUUGUUUUAGUAAUAACAAUGAUAACGGUAAUGAUAUUUAUAAUGAUAAUGAUAUCAAUAAAAAAAGGGAAUUAGAUUGUUUUUCCUGUUUCACCUUUUUGCAUUUCAUGAGUUAAAAUUAAAGAAAAAAUAUUUUCUAAAAUGA